AGCUCCCACAAGCUCUAUCGAACCCUCGACACGCACCAAACACAAAACGCAAAAAAAGAUCGAGCUCUCUCUGUUCCUUGCCUGCCUCUCCACCCCCAAACCACCCAAACCUGCCUCAUUUCCCCAUUGCAGGUGCCCGAAAAACCACGCUCCUUGCGGCUCCUUGCAUUUCACAGCUGCUCGAUGCACGCUUCUGGCCACUGAUCCCCCUUGCUUCACACUCUUCCUGCUUUCGUCCUUGGGCCUGCUCCCGGUAUUGCUCCUCGCCAACAUGUCCAAGACUUUCGUGGCCAAUGUCAAGUCCGUCUUGAGCGGCGACACCCUUGUGCUCACGAGCCCCAAUAACCCGAACCUGGAGCGUACCUUCUCGCUCGCCUUCGUCAGCGCCCCCCGGCUCAGCAAGGACGGUGACGAGGCCUUUGCCUUCCAGUCACGGGAGUUCCUCAGGGAGGCUGCCAUCGGAAAGCUCGUGCAAUGCAAGGUCCUGUAUACAAUCCCGAGCUCCGGGCGCGAAUACGGCACCGCAAUCGUCAAGGCCGGCCCGGAGCUGCCCGACGCGCUCGUUCAGGCUGGCUGGGUCAAGGUCCGUGAGGAUGCUGGCAAAAAGGAGGAGGACGAGGAGACCCUGCAGAGACUCGAGGCCCUGCGCGCACUUGAGUCCCAGGCCAGGACCGAGAGCGACGGCCUGUGGGUCGGCUCUGGCGGCCACAUCGAGGUUCAGAAUGACCUGGGCGGCCCCGACUUCAUGAAGGAGUGGAAGGGCAAGACGGUCGACGGCGUCAUCGAGCGUGUCUUUAGCGGCGACCGCAUCCUUGUCCGCCUGCUGCUUUCGGAGAAGAAGCAUUGCCAGGUCAUGACGCUCCUGGCCGGCAUUCGCACCCCGGCGACCGAGAGGACAGGCCCUAACGGCGUCACCCAGGCCGCCGAGGAGCACGGCGACGAAGCCAAGGCCUUCGUGGAGGCGCGUCUGCUCCAGCGCAAGAUCAAGAUCGACAUGGUGGGGGCUAGCCCGCAGGGCAGCCUGGUCGCCUCCCUCAUCCACCCGCGGGGCAACAUCGCCGAGUUCCUGCUGGCCGAGGGUCUCGCACGCUGCAACGACUUCCACUCAACCAUGCUCGGCGAGCGCAUGGCUGCUCUCCGGGCCGCCGAGAAGAAGGCACAGGCGGCCAAGUUGCGGCUGCACAAGCACCACGUUGCCAAGGCUGCCGAGGCCGGUAGCCAAGAUGUGACAGUAGCCAAGAUCAUCGGUGCCGACGCCAUCAUUGUACGAAACAAGAAUGGCGAUGAGAGGCGGAUCAAUAUCAGUAGUGUGCGCGGGCCGCGGGCGGCCGAGUCGAACGAGGCGCCGUUCCGUGACGAGGCCAAGGAGUACCUGCGGAAGCGUGUUAUCGGCAAGCACGUUCAGCUGACGAUCGACGGCUCAAGGCCCGCGGAGGGGGACUUUGAGGCCCGUGAUGUCGCGACUGUUGUUCAGGGCGGCAAGAAUGUUGGACUUCAGCUCGUUCAGGAGGGCUACGCUUCCGUAAUCCGGCACCGAAAGGACGACACGGACCGCGCCCCCAACUAUGACGAGCUCCUGGUGGCCCAGGAGACGGCCAAGACUGAGGGCAAGGGCAUGUGGUCCGGCAAGGCGCCCAAGGUCAAGCAAUACACGGAUGCGUCCGAGUCGGUCCAGAGGGCGAGGAUCCAGCUCUCAGUCCUCCAGCGACAGAAGAAGGUGCCGGCGAUUGUUGACUUUUGCAAGUCAGGCUCGCGCUUCACGAUUCUGAUUCCGCGCGAGGGGGUCAAGUUGACGCUCGUGCUGGGCGGCAUCCGCGCGCCGCGCGCCCCUGGAAGGAACCCGGCACAAGACAAGGGUGAGCCAUUCGGGCUGGAGGCGCUCGAGCUCGCCAACAAGCGAUGCAAUCAGCGCGACUGCGAAGUAGACAUCCACGAUAUGGACAAGGUCGGUGGCUUCAUCGGCGACCUGUACAUCAACCGCGAAAGCUUUGCCAAGACGCUGGUCGAGGAGGGCCUCGCAUCGGUUCACCAGUACUCCGCCGAGAAGUCGGGCAAUGCCGCGGAGCUCAACGCGGCCGAGAAGAGGGCCAAGGAGGCCAAGAAGGGCAUGUGGCACGACUGGGAGCCCUCGCAGGAGGAGGAGUACGACGGCGGUGUUGCCGAGGCCACAUCUGCGCUCGAGUCGGCGACGAUCGACAAGAAGCCCGAGGACUACCGCGACAUUGUCAUCACCAACAUUGAGCCCAACGGCAAGCUCAAGAUCCAGGAGGUGGGCAAGGGUACGGCGGCGCUAGAGACCAUGAUGAACGAGUUCAAGAGGUUCCACAACGACCCCAAGAACAACACGGGCGGCAAGGAGAACCCCAAGACGGGCGAGCUGGUGGCGGCCAAGUUCUCGGCAGACGGGCAGUGGUACCGGGCGCGCGUCCGAUCCAACGACCGGGCGGCCAAGGUUGCCGAGGUGGUGUACAUCGACUACGGUAACAGCGAGAAGCAGCCGUGGGCCAAGCUGCGGGCGCUGGACCAGCCGCAGUUCAGCGUGCAGAAGCUAAAGGCGCAGGCGGCAGACGCCAUGCUGUCCUUUGUCGAGCUUCCUGUCAACUCGCCUGACUACGCGCUCGACGCGGUGGACUUUAUCGCGCGGGCGACGGAGGGCAAGCGGCUGGUGGGCAGCUUUGACUUUGUCGACUCCAAGGAGAACGUCAGCUACAUCACCAUCUUCGACCCCGAGGCCGGCAAGGGCAAGCUCCCUGGCGUGGCGGACUCGGUCAACCGCGACGUGGUGCUCAACGGGCACGCCAUGGUGCCCCGCAAGCUCAGGGGCUGGGAGCGCAGCAAGGUGUUUGAGUCGACGCUCAAGAGCCUUCGCGAGGCCGAGACCCAGGCCAAGCAGGACAGACUCGGAAUGUGGGAGUACGGCGACCUGACUGAGGACUAAGGGACGCUGGGAGGAAGACGCGUCUCCGGUGUUAGCCUAGUCUGGGGGUUUCCUACGCAUUUUGUGAUAUAAUUGUCGCUCAUUCGGAGCGGGGGUGAUUUAUACUGGUCAUGUUUCUUUUCGCUUUGACACAUUGCGGCAUACAGAAAAGGUUGGCAAGGGGCAUUUGGGGCAUUUAGGGCGGUAACAAGCGAAGACAAAAAGGACAGAAAAAAAAGUAUAAAAACGAAAUAAAAAGUUGAAUAAAGCGGGGUCCAAGUGAUGAUUUAUUCGCCAUCGUGUUCGUUUUUAUACUGCGUCUAUUUACCCCUUUUUGUAACCAUCUGCCCAGACGU